GUGAAAGGGUAAGAAGAAUCGAGAGAUAGAGAGAAGCUCCAGAACUCCUUAUCCCCUUCAUCAUGUACUUGAGAUGUAUUUGAAAAUUACUUAGUGAAUGAAAUAUACUUUCCCUAAAUUCCUUCAUGGUAUCAGAGCAGGCCGAUUCUCGAGCGUCUCGCCUGCAUUCUUGAGCAAAUUUCCACUGAAGGGGCGGUGCUGUGUCGCCGCCGUCGCCCGUCGCUCGUCGCCGCUGUCGCCCGUUGCUGUUGAAAUUGCGGAAGAUUGGUUCAUCCUUUCUGCGGUGAGAUCUAUAACUCUUGGCAUCUAGCUCGGUCGCCUGGGCCUCUUCUUUGGUCGUUGCCAUAUCUUCCGACCUGAGGAGGACGUACUGCAGUUGUGUUGAAGUUACUGUCAUCAAGGUCACCUCUGUCACCAAUCCAUUUACACGAGUUGCUGCGUCUACUCCAUUUGGCCAUCAGCAUGAGGAGGUGCUAGUACUGAUUGUUGCUUCUAGUAAUUGGAUUAGUGCAGUCGGGAAUCUUGCCAAGCCAUUCGCUGCUGCAAAAUAUAAGCCCUGUGAGGCAGCCUUUACAUGCCGUGAUUCAGCAGGAGUGACCAUAAAAAACGUUGAUCAACGGGGGAAUGAUCCCUCCUUUGGCUAUACGUUGUUAGGUAGAAAUGAGACUCUCCCCGCGGAUGGACGCUAGGAUGAUAAUCCGAUUAAAGUUCGCCCCUCCCGCGAAAUUACCGCGUGAUGGGGAUUUGAACCCGGGUGGGCUGGCUGCGCACUCGCCUUGCCUUGCCACUGAGCUGAAACUCAGUUCUCAGCAGGAGUGACCAUAACACACACGUACUUAUUUCUUCUUGUUCUUUGGGUGCAAUUAGAAGUUCAGACUUGGGACAGAUUCAAACAAAGACAACUCACGUGAUUCGAGUAUGGACAAAACAUAUGAAAUCUUCAAUAAAUUAUUGGAGCAGCAGCAACAAGUCAAGGUAUUUCCUGAAGCUAUAAAGUAUGCACUUGAGUCCAAUCCUGUCAGAUUAUCUGGUCUUGGCAAUUAUGUUAGUUGGAGGCGUCAUGCUCAGUUAAUUCUGAGCUCUCAUGGUUAUGAAUACUUGCUUGCUGACAAUGAAGAGAAUCUGAAGAGCAGCGAUACUUCUGCUAGACAGAUUAAUGAUAGAGUUUUGGUGUGGUUAUUGGGAAGUAUGGAACCCAUUGUGCGCCAGCAGGUUGAAAUCAUAACAACUGUAAUCGAGGUAUGAGCUGCAUUAGAGAACCAGUUUGCUGGCAAAUCAAACAAGAUGCAGGCCACUCGCAUUAUGGAGGAACUCGCUCACCUAAAGCAAGGUACACAAUCUGUAACUGAGUAUGCUGGUGAGGUGAAACGUUUAUAUAGAGAUCUACAUUAUUAUCACCCUUUCCAGCCUGUUGAUAAGAAUGAUUUAGCCAUCCAUCAUAAAUGGUUUGAGUCUCUUGUGGCCAAGCUCUUUCUUGAUGGACUAAACCAGGAAUUUGAUCUUCGACGUCAGCUUCUUUUCGCUCAACCAAUGUGGCCCAGCCUUGAUGAUAUCAUCUCUAGUGUCCUUGAGGAAGAGACACGGUUGGGUCAUUGUAAGGAAGAUGACCUAAAAGGUGGGGAUGAUAAUGCAGCUCUAUCCAUGCGACCUCGUUAUGUUGCAAGGCCCUUUGGGAAAUCCGACAACAGUAAACUCUAUUGUGAUCAUUGCAGAAGGAAAGGGCACACAGAGGAUGCAUGUUUUGAACGUAAUGGUUUUCCAUCUUGGUGGAAUAAAGGGAGACAGUGGCCAGGGGGAGUUCAGGCAGCAAGUAAACGGCAAGCAAACCAUGUCACAUCUGUGCAAGACUCACUAGUGCCAGAUUCAAGAGAUCUCGAAGAAUUCAAUUCCAAGGGUCGUCUCUGUGAAGGUGCUUCCUACUCCAAGGGUCCCUAUAAGGCUGAAUCCACUCUCUUGGCCACUUCCUCUCAAGAUUUAGGAACUGGGAGAGUUUUGGGGACUGGGACCGAGCAUGAUGGCCUCUAUUACCUUGAUAAUGGAAGUGAUGAAGUUGCCCUCACAUCUUGUUUAUCUCUUGGUGAGGAGCUACUACUACAUCAUCGCAGGCUUGGCCAUCUUUCUUUUGCAGCCUUAUCUCGUAUAUGUCCUACUUUGUUCAAGUCAUGUCCUAGAGAACUCCUCGUAUGUGAUGCUUGUGAGCUGGCUAAACAUACUAGGGCUCCUUAUCCUAGUGUUGGUCUGAGGAGCAGCAAACCAUUUGAAAUAAUUCAUUCAGAUGUCUGGGCCCCUGUGAGGUUCAAUCUAUCUUAGGACACCGUUGGUUUGUAACUUUCAUCGACUGUUUUAGUCGUUAUAUUUGGCUUUAUCUUUUAAAACACAAGAGUGAUG